UGACACUGCAACUCUUGGCACCGGGUCGGGAGUGGAAGAGUAAUCUGACGCAAGGACGCAGUUGGAGGCGGAGGAAAGGGCGGGGGGGGGUGUCCGACCGUGUGAUGGACGAACAUCAGUCCAACUCCAAGUUUGCAUCAUUUCAAGUGUGCUCCUUGUGUAUUGCAUUUUGCAUAUCUGCUUAUGAAGGCAAUUUUGCUGUAAAACAGAAUGACACCACAACUACUGGCACCGCUGUCGGUGCAAAGACAGCUUCUUUUCCUCGGCGAGCUUGUGCCCGAUGCCGACAGGGCUAGCGCCUAUGCCAGAUUAUGUGAUGAACUAUGGACUCGGUUGCAGCAACAGGGUGUCGCGGUGCUGGAGCUGGUCACUGAUGAUGAGUUCUCAGCUUUCGGAAGCGCGCUGGAGACCUGUGCCGUCUUCUUUAGUGCUGAUGAGUCUGUGAAGCAAGGCGCCCAGAGCGCCGUGCCGGGCGAGGGAUACGCAGUUCGGCCGGGCAAGGAGCUGCUCGCAGUCCGGCCCGGCGCGCCCGCGUGGGGCUCGGGCCGCUCUCGCACGCAGCACGCGGCGUUGCAAAAGGCCUCUUCCCGCGCCGACCGGCUGUGUCGCGGCCUGCUGUGCGCGCUGUGUCGCAGCCCCGGCCUGGACGUCCACUCGGGCCGUGUGCUGGGCCUGCUGGAUGACGCGCCGCUGCUGGGCCAGGCCAGCGCCAGCCUGCUGCGCUGCGCCCGCUACAGCCCCGACCCGCACGCCGCACAGCUGCUGGCCUUCGCGCCGCACCACGACCGCGGCGUGCUCACGCUGGUGGCCAGCGCGCAGGAGCAGGGGCUGCAGGUGCGGCUGCCACAGCAGGGACAGGGGGCGGGCGCUGCGGCUGGUGCGUGGGUGGACGUGCCGCUGGGCCCCGGCCGCGUGGCGGUGCUGUGCGGCUACAGCCUGUCGUACGCCCUGGGCGGGCUGCUACAGCCGGCACUGCACCGCGUGCGGCCUGUGGCUGUAGCUGGCUGUGGCGGUGCGGCUGGCGGAUCAGCUGCUACUGCCGGCGGCGGCCGUGUGAGCCUGGCAUAUGAGCUGUGCUUCCGGCCCAACCCGUGUGUGGACCCAGCCGCCAUCACCCAGGGGGCGGCGGAGCAGCUGCCGGCAGCGGCAGCGGCGGCUGGAGAGGGCGGUGCCGCAAGCAGGCCUGCGCUGCUGACGUCCGCGCUGAUGGAGCGCUUUGAGGCCACUCACCCGGUGUCCAUCAACGGCGGCGUCCGCGUGAAGCAGGAUCCGGGGGCCAACACACCGGCGGCGGCGGCGGUUGCGGCUAGGCGGCAGCGUGAGGAGAACGGGACAGCGGCAAGGGACGAGGCACCCGCUGUGAAGCGGGGCCGCCAUGACGGCGGGCCUGAGGCGGCGGAUGAGCAGGCUGGCAGCCCGGCCGCCGCGCCCACUGCAUUGUCGCAGCCGGCGCCAGCAGGCGGCGGCGGCCACGGGGGACAGGCGGAGGCGGCGGCCGGGGAGAAUGGCGACGACAGGAUCAACAUCAUCGUCAAAGAUCAGUCUGGCUCGGAGGUGCACUUCCAGGUGAAGCGGUCAACACGUGUGGGGAAAGUCUUCGACGCCUACUAUUGCGCGAAGGGCAUGGACAACCACAGCUGCCGCUUCCUGUAUGACGGCAGCCACGUGCGGGAUCACAUCACGGUCGGUCAGCUGGGGAUGAAACCAGGCGACGUGCUGCCAAUGGUGGAAGACGGUGACGUCAUUGAUUGCAUCAUCGGGCAGGCAGGCAACUAAACUUACGACGUCAUGUUGCCAUCGCUGAUGUAGCUUUGCGCAAGAUAGUAUGGCAGUCACGGAAUGGGAAGGAGCAUGUAGCGCAUGGAGGACUGAGGGAGCACUUUGAAUCCCACGUAUGUGGUCCAGGCGCUGUUAUGUGCUGAGGGUGUAUGAGUAGUAGAGCAAAUAACGCAAGCACUUUAAAGACCACGGACAGAGCAACUUCUAAAUCAGGCGUAGGCCGGGACUGGGCCAUUCGAGGUGCAAAGGACAGGGGGGAAGCGGUGUGCAUGCUCGGAGGACUGGAUUGCAUAGAAAUGGCACAGUAACUAAGCAUAUGGACGGAGGCUGCUGAGAGUGAUUAGACGCAGGGAGGCAAGGGAGAUAGGAGGAGAGGGCAAGGGAAGGUCUGCGCUUGUCGGGGGUGGGGUCGUGUCAGUCGAGUUUCUCCGCCGAGAU